AUGGAUGAUUGGGCGGAAGACCGCGAUCCUGACUUUGAAGAUGGACAGAAUGCUCUAGUGCAUGGCGGCAAACUACCAUCAGAUGUGAAGACUAUCCGACUCUUCGCAUCCCUCGAACCAGAACGUGUGACUAGGUGGAAAGUUGUGUUCAAGAGAUUUUAUGGGAUGCCAUUCGAGCGCAUCGAUCCUGUGAUCCACACGCUUCCCGAUGUUCUUGUUGACGUUAUGAAUAAACGAGCUAGUGUGCACUGGUUGAAGAAGUGGAGGCGGCCUUCUAACCGAGAUCGACAGUCGACUAUAAUUAGCAUCGCGAAUGACUUCAUCCGCUGCUUUUGCGAGAAAGGCGCUACUGGGGUGACUGAUCAAUCAAUGGCCGCGAAGUUCGAGAUUCUGAAGGAGUCCUGGCUCAUAGGAAUGACACAAAUGAGGUAG